AUGGCACAGACUCCAAAGAUGGAGACGACAGUCGUGGUCGUUGGAGGGGGCCCAGUGGGCCUGUUGACCUCUUUGCAGCUUGCGCACCAUGGAACAAAGAACAUCUUGCUCGAGAGGAACUUGGAGACGACCAAGUGGCCAAAGAUGGAUUUGACCAACGGGCGUUCCAUGGAAUUGUUGCGCCGAAUGGGGUUGGCUGCAGACCUUCGCAAACACGGGGUACCUGGAAACUUUUCGUUCGACGUCAUCUGCAGCACGGGUCUUGACGAAGGUGGCGAGCUGAUCCACAGAUGGGAGAUACCUUGUCCCGAUGAGGUGCGCAAGUCGAUACAGGAGAAGAACGACGGCACGUGGCCCCGAGAGGCUGGCCAGCGGAUUUCUCAAGUUAUCUUGGAACCCUGGUUAAGAUCAUUGUGCGAUGCGAAUCCUCUUAUCCAGACUCACUAUGGUCAUAAAGUCGAAUCUGUCAAGGAGGAGUCCGACAGCGUCACCACCUGCGUGACCGAUGUCAAGACCGGCGAAGCGUAUAAUGUGAAGAGCCAGUACGUCGUCGGUUGUGAUGGAGCAGGAAGUCGAGUCAGGAGAUCGGUGGGGAUCAAGCUAACUGGGGGCCCCGGUCCCAUGGGAAUGCUACUGGUCCAUUUCAAGUCCCGAGACACUACUCGACUGCACGUUCAGGGACAGUGGUGGCAUAUUUUCUUUACCAACGGUGCCAUUUCCAUCAGUCAGGAUGAGGUUGAUACCUGGACCUUCCACAUCCCAAUCUCCUUGGACACGGAUGUGAGCCAAAUUGACCCAGUCGAAGCGGUACGCAAUGCCAUCGGAGGGGCUCCUUUGGAAAUCGAUGAAGUCCUAGUAAGCAGCACCUGGCGCGGAACGCUGGCCGUUGCAGACAAGUACCGUUCGGCAAAGGGUAGAGUGUUCCUUGCCGGCGACUCAGUGCACCAAAACAUCCCAACUGGUGGAUACGGCAUGAAUACGGGACUGGGCGAUGCCUUUGACAUUGGCUGGAAGCUCGCUGCCUUCCUCCAGGGCUGGUGCGGAGAGGCAAUCUUGGAUUCAUACGAGCUCGAACGACGUCCCGUGGCGCUGCGCAACGUGGAGAGGUCGGGCGUGCACAUGAAAGUCCAUCUUACUGUUGUUGAAAUGAUCAAACAGUCGAACAUCGAUCCUCGCACAAACACAAAGGAAGCCGAGGAGCUCAAACUUCGGAUAUCCGAGCACUACAAGCUUAACGACGGCGAGAACCGAGAUCGUGGCAUUGAGAUGGACUAUCGAUUUCCAGACUCACCGGUGGUUAUCCCAAGCCCGUCUGACGUCCCUCGUCGCUGGUCUCCGCGAGAAUACGUGCCUAGCACUGUGCCUGGUUCGCGAGCACCACAUGUCUUUCUGCAGGACGGCAGAACAAGCAUAUUCGAUCUCUACGGGCCUGAGUACACGAUAGUAAACUUCACUCCAAACAAGAGCGCCACGGAAGAGUUUCAAAGGCUGGCGAUCGAGGCGGGAAUCCCCUUGACAGAGGUCCAUGUGCCGAACGAGAAGCAUGCGCGAAAACUGUGGGAGAGAGACCUUGUUAUGGUGCGACCAGAUGGGUUUGUCUGCUGGCGGUCUGAUAGAGAUGCAUCUCCGCCAAAGAGCGACGAGAUCGCGAGCAUCCUGAGGACAGUCACUGGCAAGGGGUGGACGGAUGCCACAAAGACCUCGACGCUCCAACAAAGAGAAAAGUUCACGUCCACGAUUGGAAAUGUGGACAUGAAUCAGGCGGAUGCAAUUCAAAUGCUGGGCGAGUUCCAGAAGUAG